CAUCAGAUUCUUCUAAUUCAGAUUUUAUUUUAUCAGAUGAAAUUUAUUCUUCAGAUUCUGAUGUUGAUAUUAUUCACAUUGAUGCUGAAGUAGUAAUAAAACAAGGGAAAGUUGGCAGAGUUUGCAGUGGAAAAUUAUAG